AUGACACUCUGGCAAAAGGCAGACUCCAGCCAUGGAAAAGAUAACAUUUGCGCAGCUACGGAGGAACUAUGUACUGAAAAUCCGGCUGAACCGAGAAACCCAGGGAAAGGAAGUAAGAGUUCCACAACAGCAAAAAGUGUUGAGCCAGAAGGCACCAACAAGCCACUAGUGUUCCGGCUACAUGAUAGUGUACCUGCAUUAGUUCGUGAAAUUUUAUUGGAACGUGGUUGGAUUGAGUAUGAUGAGCAUGAACAAGACAACGAAGACUGGAACCUCUACUGGAGGAAUUACCCUUUCCGGAUGACAGACCACCGGAGCAUCAAACCAUGGCAGAGGCUCAAUCACCAUCCAGAAACCAUCAGGAUCACCCGGAAAGAUUAUUUGGCAAGACAUCUGAAACGCAUGAAGGGAAUUUAUGGAACAACCCUUUAUGAGUUCAGUCCAGUGGCUUUCAUCAUGCCCAAUGACUAUAUAAAAUUUAUAACUGAGUACUCCAAGGAGAGGCAAAUACCAGGAAAAAAGCUGAGUUACUGGAUCUGCAAGCCAGUUGAUAGAUCUCGUGGGAGAGGCAUACUCAUUUUUCAGGACAUUAAGGAUUUUGUUUAUGACUGCAUGGUAAUUGUGCAAAAGUAUAUCAGCAACCCCUUGCUUAUUUCUGGAUACAAAUGGGACCUCCGUAUUUAUGUUUGUGUUACAAGCUUUUGCCCCCUUACAAUUUAUAUAUACGAAGAAGGACUGGUGAGGUUUGCAACAGAGAAGUUUGACCUUGGAUCCCUUGACAACAUUUAUGCUCACUUGACAAACACAAGCAUCAAUAAGUUUGGACCAUCAUACAGAAAGGACAAAGAAGGCAUUGGUUCUGGUUGCAAAUGGACUUUCAGCAGAUUCCGGGCCUAUUUACGGAGCUGUAGUGUUGAUGACCUGCCCCUGUGGAAAAGCAUCAACCGUAUAGUCAUACUAACUUUGUUGGCUAUCACUCCUUCAGUACCAUUUACUUCCAACUGCUUUGAGCUCUUUGGGUUCGACAUUUUGGUUGAUGAAAAAAUGAAACCCUGGCUUCUAGAAGUAAACCACAGUCCAGGCCUGCGUUUAGACUGUGCCACCGAUGCCAUUGUGAAAAGAAAGCUGCUCCAUGACAUUGUCGACUUGCUGAACUACAAGGAAGCGGAUACUCUAAGAAAAAGCAGAGGGGCCAGUCGGAGGCUUUCAUGCUUCAGCCGAACGCAAUCUUUGCUGGCCGCCCAGUCGGAGGUCCCGCUGGAUUUCCUAGCUUGUGGGAAAGGAACCAAGUCAGCAGCAACUUCCCCUUCUCCAUCAUGUUUGCAGAUCAAUAAAAGAACACCCACAUUUGACAGAAUAGGUAGCACAUACCCUAGGAAAACUUUAACCUCACAACUACGUGAAAGGAUGAACAUGCCCAAAACAUCUAUCCAAUCAAAGCCAUCAUCCAAGAGCAAACAGAUGUUAAGAACUAGUCAUUCUCUAUGUGAGUCUGUGCAGUCCACACACUGGUUUAAUUCACUAGAACUCUACACCCACAAGCCAACUAUUCCUCCCUAUUUUCUCUCAGAUAAAGACAGGCGGCCAUUCCCCCGUGUAGGUGAUUUUAUCCUUAUAUUUCCUUUCAAUGAUGCAGCACUUGAAGCAUCUAGGAAUGGGAUAAAUGUCAAAACUGUAAUACAGGAAAUCCAUAAGUUAAUGAGUAAAGAAUUACAACCAAAACAUCAGAAGUUAAAUUAG